ACUAGUGACACACCACAACACAAACACAACACUUUUGGACGUGUUACUUUCACAUUUUUGCUUUGUUGCAAAACCAAACCCCACCAUGUAGGAGACUGAGACUCGCUUUCGUUUUUCCCCAUUUUUGAUGAGUUUUCACGAGGUGGGCAACGUGGCAAUCCUCUGAUUCUGAAGCUUGGGUUUUUUUUUUUUUUUUUUUUUUUUUUGCGAAGCUUUGUGAAUUGUUUUUGGCCAUGGAAGAGGACAAGUACGCAAGGGAAUUGGAGGUGGCCGUUAGGGUGGUCCACAUGGCAUGUGCUUUGUGUGGGAGGGUGCAGGAGAGGCUCCUAGGAACCAGCAAUGAUCACGUUGUGUCCAAGGAUGAUGAUUCUCCUGUUACUGUUGCAGACUUUAGUGUUCAAGCAACUAUAAGUUGGUUACUAUCAGAAACUUUUGGGGUUCAAAAUGUGUCAAUUGUUGCUGAAGAAGACAUACAAACUAUCUCCAAGGAUGAUUCAGCAGGCUUACUGGAAGAUGUUGUGAAUACAGUUAACGAGUCUUUAGCUUUUGCAUCCAAGUAUGGUCUUCAAAGUCCAGAGACAACUCUUGGCACAUCAGAAGUUCUUGAGGCCAUUAGCCGCUGUAACUCAACUGGAGGCCCUAGUGGAAGGUAUUGGGUACUUGAUCCUGUUGAUGGCACAUUAGGAUUUGUACGUGGGGAUCAGUAUGCUGUUGCUCUAGCUCUGAUUGAGGAUGGAAAAGUUGUUCUUGGAGUUCUUGGGUGUCCUAAUUACCCAGUGAAAACAGAAUGGCUAAAUUAUCAUUAUCAAACAAUGUCACAAUCAUCUUUGACAACUCCUGAUGCAUGUGGAAAAGGAUGUGUGUUGUAUGCAAGGAGAGGCAGUGGUGAGGCAUGGUUACAGCCAUUGAUUUCUGGGGAUAAGAUGCUAGUUUGGCCAAAUUGUGCUAGACUUAUUCGGGUUUCUUCCAUUGAUGAUCCAGCAUUGGCUACUCUCUGUGAACCAGUGGAAAGGGCAAACUCGAACCAUUCCUUCACAGCUGGACUUGCUCACAGUGUUGGACUAAGAAAACAGCCCUUACGUGUCCACAGCAUGGUAAAAUAUGCAGCAAUAGCUCGGGGAGAUGCUGAGAUAUUCAUGAAAUUUGCAAAGUCUGGUUACAAGGAGAAAAUAUGGGAUCAUGCUGCUGGUGUUGUAAUUGUUGAAGAAGCUGGUGGUGUUGUAACUGAUGCUGGGGCCCACCCUCUAGACUUUUCAAAGGGAAUGUACUUAGAAGGUCUUGACAGAGGCAUAAUUGCAUGCUCUGGUGUCACAUUGCAUGAGAAAUUAAUUGAUGCUGUUUAUGCUAGCUGGGACUCCUCAAAUUUAUGAUGCUUCCUUUCUCAUGCAAUUACAUCAAUGAGGCAAAAUUUUGGUAGAGGCAAUUCGGAUCAUGUCUUUUUUUCCCCUCACGUUUUGGUUCUACAAAGUUGCAUGCACUUAUGUAGUUAACUUUUCAGUAUACUGAUAGCAAAUUAUAUUAAACUGAAGAUAUAUUUGUAUCUGUGUGUGUGGUGGUCGCAGCAGAAUUUGUCCAUACAGUGUGAUGUGAGAACAUGGGAUGAAGAUUAAGGAUAUAGAGAGAAAGUAGGGAGAAGAAUUAUUACCAAGAAAGAAUAAUUCUAUAUC